AAACCAAAAACAAAACCCCCAAACAAAAACCUUCAAAUCAUUUCUCUCUGAAUCUAAAUUCAAAACAAUUUUUUUUUAGUCAAUGGAAUGGUUCGCUCAAUUUUCUGAUCCUCUUCCUUAUUAUGCUCACUGUAAUUACAAAUCCGAAUCCUCUUCCACACUUUCAGACGCCGGAACACCUCCUCAAACGGUGGCCGCUAACUCCGAUGAAGAAGUGAUUCUAGCCUCCAACCGCCCAAAGCGGCGGGCCGGUCGCCGGGUUUUUAAAGAAACUAGACAUCCGGUUUACAGAGGAGUACGGCGGAGGAACAACGACAAAUGGGUUUGUGAGCUGAGAGAGCCGAAUAAGAAGACGAGGAUUUGGCUUGGAACGUACCCAACAGCGGAGAUGGCAGCGCGUGCUCACGACGUAGCGGCACUCGCGUUGAGAGGGAAAUCGGCUUGUCUCAAUUUCGCUGACUCGGCUUGGCGGUUUCCGCUUCCGGCGAGUGAUGACCCGGCUGUGAUCAGGGAGGCGGCAGCGAGGGCGGCUAAUGAGUGUAAGGAUGAGGAAUAUAAUGUGGGUCGGGAAGAAGACGAUGGCGUUUUGGGUCAGGCGACGGCGGAGCCUAACCAACCGGAUUAUAUCGACGAUGAGGCUAUGUCGAAUAUGCCGAUGUUGCUUGCCGGCAUGGCGGAGGGACUUCUUCUUUCUCCUCCAUCUUUUUGUGUCACUGAUGACGUGGAGUGGGAUGAUGUGGCCAUGAGUGAUGAUGUGUCAUUGUGGAGCUUUUAGAAGUAGUUAAAGCGAGCAGUCAACCAAGCAACUUAAAUGUACAGACUUUUGUUGGAGAAGUCAGGCUUUAUAUAAUUACAUUUUUCAUUUAAUAUAAACUUUUGUUUUUUUUUAAAAAAAGAAGAUUAGACCCUAUCAAACGUGAAAUUAAAAUUUGUAUCAAAUCCCACUAAAAAAAUAGUA